AUGGGAACCCAUGCUGCUGAGUUGGAUUUUGACGAUAACUCUCGUGGCAUCCUAUGGCUUCUGAUAGGCCAAUUCAUCAUUGCAGUUGCCAUUGGAAUAAGGAAGUGUGCUGUAGCGAUUUUCUUAAUUCGAAUUGUAACCAAAACUUUGUAAGUUUUAUCGUGUAUAUGAUAUCAAAAGGUAAAAACUAACUGAAGAUUCACAGGCAUAAGAUUUUGCUGUACUUUUGGAUUUUGUCCAUUCUGUUUCUGAGUUUCUUGCUGGCAAUUGCUGUAUUUGUGCAAUGCACUCCACUUGAGUCUUUCUGGGACUCUCGUAUUGAGGGUACAUGCACGCUGAGUUUGAUAGUCAUAGCAAAGGUUAUGUGCUGUUGGUUCCCUGCCCAAGUUUGAUCGCAGCAAUAGUAAUGCUAACUAAUAUCUCUAGCUUGGUCCGCAGCUAUGGACUUUUUUCUAGCGGUAUUUCCUCGGGCAGUUAUUUGGGGCAUCAACAUGAAACGGAAAGAAAAUAUCACAAUCUGCGUGUCUUUGAGUCUAGGAAUCAUGUAAGUUCUAAUUGAUGUUCUUUAAUAAUACUAUAUUGACAUAUAAUCUAGUGCUGGUAUAUGUGGUGUUGUCCGUACCACGACGUUAGACUCUCUGGGGGAGACUGACGACUAUUUAUGUGAGUAUCUACUUCCCCAUUCUCGACUCACCAUUAUAUCUGUUUGAUUUUAAUACAUUAUCUCUCCAGAUGCUGUCAGUGACUCUGUCAUGUGGACCAUGUCGCAGCGUUGCGCCACUAUCAUCUGCGUCAUCAUUUCCACUCUUCGACCCCUCUAUAACCGAUUAACAGGACGUAGCUCUGCCGAUGGGCCCUAUCAAAACUAUGGCUGCGACAAUCGUAAGUCUUUCGGUGGCAAUGGAGCUGGUGGCGAGUACAACAUGAAAUCGGUGAAGCGAGGAAAGAAGGAUCCAACUCUUUACGAUAUGGAAAUUACACGAGGGGGACCGGAUACCAAUUCUGAUAGCGACACUCACAUUCUCUCACAGUGGCUGCAUGAUCAAAAAAUGCAAGCAUUAGCCGCCUACGCGAGGUUUCGGUUACUUAUGAAGAUGAGCAAAGCGCGGUUAGUAGUAAACAACACGUCUAGAUGA